AUGGAUCGUCUCUCAACCGAGCUAGACGAAAAGAUUAUCCAGCAACUGGUCGGAAAGGAAGCGUCUGCUCUUUCGAUGACAUCAAAGUACUAUCGAUCACUUGCAGAACCACAGCUCUACCGAGAGCUCAAUUUCUCGACCAAGCAGUGUAUAGACUUGAUGUUGUUAUUCGAGACGCUUGUUGAUCGUCAAGAUCUCGCAAAACACAUUCGUUCCUUCACUAUGACCAUGAACGGAUCGCCAAAAUUUACCUGGAUCUUCGACGUUAUCUUCGACCCCCGCUUCCGGAGUAAGAUAAAUGCGUACGAGCGGGUCAUCAGGGAAGUUAUUCCAUCAUCGUCAAGAGACCGAGCCAGGCAAUGGCUUGAUCAGUUGUAUCCAGAUCAGAUGUAUCCAGGAGAGCCUAUGAUCGACGGACAGCUCGCGGUUAUUGUCUCUCUUGCCGAGAACAUGGAGCAUCUGAUACUCGAUCGUGUCUACCUUUCUAGUCUUCCGAUCACCUGGUCAGUCCUCGAAAUGUCCUGGGGCAAAGUCAAUGGCGCCCCUCUGAGUAGCGGAGGACACAAGGGAACUGCCUGGAGGUAUAGCAAAGGCUCCGCCUAG